GUUAAAAAUAAUUGAUGUAGGUUUUAAUAGCAUAGUAUUAAUAGUUUUAAUGGGAUAAUAUACUGAAUAUUAACAUUUAGAGUGAUUAACAUGAAUAUGAAAGUUUCAUAUUUGAACACAACGGUCAUCGUCGCAUGAAUAUGAUGAACAUGAUUUUGAAAUCUCAUACAAGGCGCGGAGCGGAAAGUCUUCGUGACGUAAACUCUCUUCUGAUUGGACGAUCACCGUUACGCUCAAUGUGACCAAUCCGGAAGCAGCAGGUUGGUGUAUAUAUAUACGGUUGUCGGCCUCAGCUAGAUACUUUUCUUUCUGCUUGAAAAACACAAACUUACAACAUGUCUGGACGUGGUAAGACCGGAGGAAAGGCCAGAGCAAAGGCCAAGACCCGCUCCUCCCGGGCCGGGCUUCAGUUCCCCGUCGGCCGUGUCCACAGGCUGCUGAGGAAGGGCAACUACGCCGAGCGUGUCGGUGCCGGAGCUCCCGUCUACCUGGCGGCGGUGCUCGAGUACCUGACCGCUGAGAUCCUGGAGCUGGCGGGAAACGCAGCCCGCGACAACAAGAAGACCCGCAUCAUCCCCCGCCACCUGCAGCUGGCUGUCCGCAACGACGAGGAGCUCAACAAGCUGCUCGGCGGAGUCACCAUCGCUCAGGGAGGCGUGCUGCCCAACAUCCAGGCGGUGCUGCUGCCCAAGAAGACCGAGAAGCCCGCCAAGAAGUAACCGGGACCUCGCUGCUCCAAACACAACGGCUCUUUUAAGAGCCACACACUCUUUCUCAAAGAUCAAACAUCUUCCUGUUCUCAACCACAACACCAUUUACUACAACACUUCACACAUCAAUCACAUCUGAUUGAGUAUAUGAGUGAAAGUGUUUUAUAG